AUGUGUCUGGCUUAAGCUUUCAAGGAAUAUUAAGUGGGAAAAGAUGGCCAGUACUUUCUCACGUCUCCUUGCUGGUCGGAAAACAGCUGUUCUCUUUGCAACAGUGAGCACGGGUGCCUUGACCACUGGAUACUUGUUGAAUCAGCAAAAUGUGAAAGCUAGAUUCCUUGAGAGAACAAAAAUGUUUCCUCCGAGUGCAGACUAUCCUGAUCUUCGUAAACACAACAACUGCAUGGCUGAGUGCCUCACACCAGCAAUCUAUGCCAAACUGAGGGACAGGAUGACUCCCAAUGGCUACACCCUGGAUCAGUGCAUCCAGACUGGCAUUGACAAUCCUGGUCAUCCUUUCAUUAAAACAGUGGGCAUGGUCGCUGGAGAUGAAGAAUCUUAUGAGGUGUUUUCUGAGAUUUUUGAUCCUGUGAUCAAAGUGAGACACAAUGGCUAUGAUCCAAAAGUCAUGAAGCACCACACUGAUUUGGAUGCCUCCAAGAUAACACAAGGGCAAUUUGAUGAUCGCUAUGUCUUAUCAUCCCGUGUACGUACUGGUCGCAGUAUUCGGGGACUGAGCUUGCCUCCUGCCUGUUCUCGGGCAGAAAGGAGAGAGGUAGAAAAUGUUGCAGUCACAGCUUUGGCUGAACUGAAAGGAGAUCUUGCUGGAAAAUAUUACAGCCUGACUACAAUGUCAGAGAAAGAGCAACAACAGCUGAUUGAUGACCAUUUCCUGUUUGAUAAACCAGUGUCCCCUUUGCUUACAUGUGCUGGGAUGGCCCGUGAUUGGCCAGAUGCCAGAGGAAUCUGGCACAACAAUGACAAAACAUUUCUCAUCUGGAUUAAUGAAGAGGACCAUACCAGGGUGAUUUCCAUGGAAAAGGGAGGAAACAUGAAACGGGUCUUUGAAAGAUUUUGCCGUGGAUUAAAGGAGGUUGAAAGGUUAAUUAAAGAACGAGGCUGGGAAUUUAUGUGGAAUGAACGUCUUGGAUACAUUUUGACCUGUCCUUCUAAUCUGGGAACAGGAUUACGUGCAGGAGUUCAUGUCAAGCUUCCAAAACUCAGCAAGGACCCUCGGUUUUCAAAGAUCCUGGAGAACUUGAGACUACAAAAACGUGGCACUGGAGGUGUAGACACAGCUGCUGUAGCAGAUGUAUAUGAUAUCUCCAACCUUGACCGCAUGGGCCGAUCAGAGGUGGAACUUGUUCAGCUAGUCAUUGAUGGUGUCAGUUAUCUCAUUGAUUGUGAGAAGAAGCUGGAAAAAGGUCAAGACAUCAAGAUACCACCACCACUGCCACAUUUUGAAAAGAAGUGAAAACUGUUUUCAGUGAUUAUUUAUUGAACUGUAAUGUGUCCAGUUGGACAAACUAUUAACUAUGUAUAUUCAGUUCCUGAAACCCUCCCCCUAGUUGGUAUUAAGAUUUGCCUACCAGAAAGAUAACAAUAAGAACUUGCCAACAUGUUCAAUAAAAUGCUACUUGAUGCCUCA